CGAAAACCGGCGUCUCGAAAUUCAUGGAGGUCAACAACGAGUCAUUCCCCUCGAUUUCCGUCAGCCCGCUCAAGCGGAGCGACGCCGCCAUGAGCCUGGACCAGACAAGCUUUGGGAGCCCGGUCGCAAAGCGACGGAGUCUCCACGGCAUUUCGACUACUGAAACUGAUGAACCCUCGGUUUUCGACCAGACUCCUGUGCCACCGCCUCAGAAUUUCGACAUUCAUGAGGACGGAAACCAUGAAUACGAACUGACUGGUACUUACCAGUCGCCGUUCCGCGACUCGGUGGCGUCGCCAAUGCCAAAGCGCACGUCUUCCCUCCGCAGGAGCACCCUGCAGCAACGUCAUGGCAACACUCAACCUUCCUUGGGCCGACGUGCAGGGGAGAAGCAGCUGGCACAGCUCGCGACUGAUCCUGGCACGCCGGUCGCUCGCAGCAGGCCUAGGCUCUCGCUGGAUCAGUAUGUUCCGCCCGAGGAGCGACCAAACCCCUUUUCCACCAUGCCGAGUGCAACGCCGCACCCGGUUCAACGCACAACCAACCACCCUCAUCCACUGUCCCGGCUCUUGUCACAAUCCUCAUCCACCUCGAGCCACCCCGAUGAGGAGUUCCCGACUCAGCGGCCGUUACUCCCCACAUGGACCUCGACCCCUCAUUACAAGGGAGCCAAGCCGUUGCAGUCGGCCUUCAUGUCAACUGGCCUCGUUUCCAAGAUGAACCGCAACGGAGACGGUCCACUCGAGCAUCCUAGGACAAAGGUCAGCACGAUGCCGGAUACGCCUUGCAAAAAGCAGCCUUACUACUCGGCCACAUUCCCCCCCCAGGGUGGCAGUGGCGGACGGCGAUCCCGGAUUUCUUUUGGGAGCCCUUCAACGCCGUUCAGUGCGGUCGCCGCGCCCGUUCGCGGGAACCUGUUUGGAACUCCGGACAAGUCAAGCAGCCUCCUCUUCCAGCAAGUUCGCUCCGGCCAUACGAGAAAGGGGAGCAUGUUGAGCGUGGAUGACGAUGAACUCCCCGAAGCGCAGGACGAGCUCCCUCCCACUCCGACUAAGAAUUUGUUCUUCAAGUCACUCACGGCGCCGACGGAGGGUGGCCAGUCGCCUGGAGACAGGCGUUCUUUCGCCGCCCGCGCCCCCAUCUUUUCCUUGGGUAGGGACCCGAGAGACACGAACGCGAGCUCCAAAUCCGAUGCCGCCAUGUCGAGCAUGGAUGCACUGCAGAACGACGACUCACCCUCUGUUGAUGCCCCACCCCGGCCUUCUACUCCUUUUUCUAGCGGCUCGCCUUGCCUCGGCUUUUCCUUCGCUUCAGUGGCCGGAAGCCGCUCACAUCCUGUCACAUUUGCCACGCCCGCUCCCGCGAGAAGUUCGCCGGCUCUCUUUGCGUCGCUCAAUAGUGCCGCCGAGCAGGUGGCCAAGGCUGAUGGGCCCUCGGCAGCGAGCCCCUUGAACAUGGAGACCGUGUCACCUCGCACUCCGCAAGACGCGGCGGGGUAUUCGAUGACUCCCCCCGACCCAAGCAGCCUGUCGAUUUCGAACUCGCAGGACGGUAACGCUAGGGUUUCUUGGACCCCGGCAACCCCCAGCAACUCGCAGGGACGGCAACUCUUCUCGAGCUUUGCCGGUCGCCGACCGAGCACCACGCCUCGGAAUUGCCUUAGCCCCAGCGAUGUUGACGAGUCUUUGGUCUCCCGUUUUAGCAAGUCGGAAGUUAUCGGCAAGGGCGAAUUCUCGCAGGUGUACCGCGUUGUCCAAUCGGCCGCCCCUAGCUCCUUCAUGAUGACCUUGUCGAGCACACCACGGACGCCUUCAAGCCCGAGCUCUGACAGGGUCUACGCCGUAAAGAAGCUGCGGGUUCCGUUUCAAGGCGUGCACGACCGCGAGUCAAAGCUUCGGGAGGUGGCUGUUUUGCAGUCAUUGCGCCACUCCAGUAAGGUUGUGCAGUUGAUUGACAGCUGGGACCACAACGGUCACCUCUACAUUCAGACCGAGUUUUGCAGCGAGGGUAGCCUGGAUGGGUUCCUCAAGGUUGUUGGACAGGCCGGUCGAUUGGAUGACUUCAGAAUCUGGAAGAUUCUUUUGGAGACGGCUCAG